GAUCGGCGUCAGUCAUAGAGUCAUUACGGUAAAAGCAGCCCGCAGUGACUGUGUGGUCUGACAAAGCCGGUGUUACAUUGGGGACGCUGCGCCGAACAGGACUCGGAUGCAAGCUUUCCCCUGAGUCACGGACCGUAUCACAGUUAGCCAGGUUCGUCGAGAGAAUCACAAUUCCGGCGACAGUCUUCAAAAGAACGAGGGAAUCCUUUUUUUAGACGUGGCUUUGAUUGAUUGGCAAGUCCCACACAGGUGACCCAGAAGGCGAGACAUCCCUCAACCCCCCCUUCCCCUGUCCUGAGCUUGUACCAGCAUGGCAGAUGACCGACAGCCAGAAGACGGUUCCGCUCAGUGGGACCCUUCGAGGGGCCAGGAGCCCAUUGGUACCCACGGGGCCAAUGGUUUCUCGUCUUCCUCGUACAGGACAUGCCAGACUGGUGGGGCUCACACGACCGCCGCCCCCUUCUCUGCAAGGGAGAACGGAUUCAAUGGGGAGUUAACCGGUGCUCACGCUGUAACUGCAGAGCAAGUGUCCGCGAGAAUUGUGCAGGAAGUGACUGCAGAGGCAGUGGCGGUACUGAAGGGGGAACAGGAGAGUCAAAGGCUGCCCUCAGUUGAAGACACCGCCAAUUUACCUCCAUCGCCACCUCCUUCACCUGCUGCAGAACAAUUUGGUCCUCUUGAGCAAGAUGUAGGGGAUGAGGAGGAGGCAGGCCCUCUCCGGCGCUUCCAAAAUUCUCGGGAGAGGUGCAAGUUCCUCGCCCCCUCCAUCUCAGUUUCUGUGCCUGAGGACGACCCCUACCACUCCGACGAGGAGUACUAUGAGCACCCCUUGUUCAGCCCAGAGUGGACGCACUCGGGUGCCCGCCCCAUGGGGCAGGCUGUGGCCUUUAGGCAGAUCGAAGAAGAGACCAUGGAAGCUCUUACAGCUGAAUACGAGGAGGAGGUUGAAGAGGAGGAUGAUGUGGAUGAGGAAGAGGAUGAGGAGGAGAGUGCAGAGGCAGCUCUUGAUGAGCAGCAAUGGAGCGGGGAAGAGCCCGACCCGGACAUCCCCGAAGCUGAAGUUUUAGAGCAGGCAGAGGCCGUAGACAAGGCCCCGGAUCUAGACCAGGGGCCGGUUGAGGCAGCUAGUGCUCCCGCAGGAAGCUCUUUGGACAGAGAGGAGGAGCAGGAGGAGGAGGAGGAGGAGGAAGCAGAGGGUGAGGAGAGCCCUGAGACAGAUGUCCUUUCAGCUGUGAAGACGGACUUGGAAAAACCCGUAAGUGAGAAAAGCGGUUCCAUGAGCCCGGACAGCAUCGGGUCAGAGAAACGUCCAGAAGAGUUUUUUGAGCAACAGACCCAGGAGUUCUUUGCCGGUGAACGAAUCGUACCAGAGAGUCCCACCAUCGAUAUGCCAUCUUUUGUACCUCCAGAUGUUCAAACUCAAGCCAAAGAAUCUGCAAAGUCAAUCUCCCUUCAGCCCAUAUACGGCGAGCCCCUCACCGUGUCUGAGAAGCAGCCGUCUGUGGAGGUGGUAGAGUUCAGCAGCCUCGGUGCCCCCUCUGAUUUCUCAGCGAUGGGAGUCAAAGAUGAAGAAGGAAAUUUGACAAGUGAUGCAAUGUCGGCAUAUUUUGAAACAUCAGCCCCUGAGGCUCAUGCGCCCCCCCAGGGUAAGACCGAGGGUUAUUAUGAACUGAGCCGAGUCAGUGACGAGACCAACACCGUUGAUUCCAAGUCUCCGAAGAUUGAUUUGCCACCUCAGGAGAGUCCUCAAACCCAAAACACAGACACUCAAGAUUUCUCAGUUCCAGACAGGGGUAAUGAAUGCAAGCUUUCCCCAGGUAAACUGGCCCUGGAGCAAAGGAGCUAUUCCUUAAACAUAACCAUUGGGGCAAUGGAUCAAAACGACCAAGGCAGAAUGAGGAACUUUUCCCCACUGGCCACUGAUAUCAUGACGCACACCAGUGGAAGUCUCGAUGAGUUGGCGGAUUACCUCCCAACCACUACUCCCUCCGGAGAAAAGCCACCUCCCUUUCCACCACUAAUCCUAGAGACUGCAGCUUCAAUCACUUCUGAUUCCUCAUCUCCACCAAGAAUGGCUGACACCAUUUCGAACCCCAGCCCUGAACCCGACUCACCCGAGUCCCCAGAUUCCCCCCAGCCAUGCGAGAGCAGCCCUCAAAACAACGCCGUCAUGGCUCAAGACUUGCCUGAGAUGCUAGAUCUUGCUGGGUCCCGUUCUCGACUGUCAUCUGAAACUACUGAACCAGAAAUUGUACGGCGAAAGUCAUUUCAAGCCUUCUCUGAUGACCUGCUUUCUAGCCUCGUCUCAGGCGAGCAAAGUCCUGGAAUAAAAAAGAGUGACAGUCAGCUGGAAGAGAUGGGCUAUUGUGUGUUCAGUGAAUACUCUGGACCUAUGCCGUCCCCUGCAGAUGUGGUUAGCCCAACAAACACUUCUGCACAGGUCUUCACCCCCGCUGUUCUUGAGGAGAAAGUCGCUGCACAGGCCAGGAAGCUAGCAGUUAGAGACACAUCUGUCGAAGACCAGAACCAGACUGUUGAGCUGAUUGUCAGUGAAGAAAAGGAGAUGAGCGAAAGUAAAGGGAAAGAUUCCUCUGAAGAGGGUCAAGUGAAUAUAAAUGACCAGCUGAAGACAUCAGUCAUUGAGCAGGUGAAAUCAUCUGCCCUGCCAGGGGAGUCGUUUGUGACACCCACUGUCACGGUGACUCUCGAAGAAGGUGGGAGGUCAGGAAGUGAGACAGAACGACAAGCCAGUGGCGAAGGCUCCGCUUCCGAAACGGAGAUUGCUGACUAUGAGAGGCAGAUCCGCAAACUGGAGAUGGAGGGCAGGCCUCUGAGUUUGGAGGAAGAACGAGAGUUGCAGGAGCUUCGGGAGAAGGUCAAGCUGGUGCACCAGGAGGCUUACGAGGAGGUGGAUGCUGAAGAUGUGUACCAGUUGACCGGGGUGGCCAAGGACCGCAUUGCCAGGCCUGUCAAGACUUCCCCCACUUCAUCAGUGGAAAGCAAUAUUGAUGAUGACAAACUUCUUUCUCCAGUGCUCUCACCAUCCAAGCUCAAACAAAAAGAGCUUUAUGGCUCCCCUAAAAGAGCAGUGUCACCAGUGUUAACAGUAACCAAAGAGUCCAAGGAGGAAGCUGAUAAAAAUGCGAGAGAACAGAACGAAAAAGAAGCACCUCAAGAGAAAAUUCAGAUUGAGAAAGAGGAGACGGUGAAUCACACUUCAGAAGAGCCGGAAAAGAAACUGAAUGAAAUCAAAGAAAUAGAAGAAAAGGAAAGACAGGAAGAUGCGGCAGAGAGGACUCAAAGGGAGGACGAUGAGAAAGAGCAAAUGAGACAAAAAGAAGAGGGAGAGACACACGAAACAGAGAUGAAAGAAAAGGAAGAGAAAGAGAAGAUUGAGAAAGAAAGGAAAGACAAGGAGGAGAGAGAAAAGGAAGAGGCUGAGAGAUUGGAGAAGGAAAGGAAAGAAAAAGCUGAGAAGGAAAUGAGAGAAAAGGAAGAGGCCGAUAGGAUGGAGAAAGAAAGAAAAGACAAAGCGGAGAGAGAAGUCAGGGAAAGGGAAGAAGCGGAGAAAGGAAGGAGAGAAAAGGAGGAGGCCGAAAGAAUGGAGAAAGAAAGAAAAGACAAGGAGGAGAGAGAAAUCCGAGAAAGGGAGCAAGCAGAGAAAAUGGAGAAAGAAAGGAAAGAAAGACAGGAGAAGGCAUUGAGAGAAAAAGAGGAGGCCGAGAGAAUGGAGCAAGAAAGAAAAGAUAAAGAGGAAAGGGAACUCAGGGAAAGGGAGGAGGCUGAGAAAAUGGGGAAGGAAAGGAAAGAAAAACAGGAGAGGGAAAUGAGAGCAAGGGAAGAGGCGCAGAGAGUUGAGGAAGAAAGAAAAGAAAAAGAGAGGAAGAUGAGAGAAAAGGAAGAGGCGGAGAGGACUGAAAAAGAGAGGACAGAGAAAGAAGAGAGGGAGAAAGAGGAACGAGAGAUGAAAGAAAAGGAAGAGGCAAAGGCGAUCCAACAAAGGGAAGAGCGCGAAAAGUUAGCGCAAGGAAAAGCGGAAGAGGAAAGAGAUGAGAAAGAGUUGAGCGAGAAGGAAAGUCUGAUUGAACAGAAGACGCAACAUGUUGGAGAGACAAAGACAACGGCCGAAAUGGACAAAACCAAACCGGCCGAAAAAGAGCAACAGGAGCAAGCGUCAACUGCCGGAGCAGCUGCGGUCAAAGAGAUCACGGAGACUCGUACCGCCAUUGAAUCGGUCGUCACCGUCGAAGACGACUUCAUCACUGUGGUCCAGACCAUCGAUGAAGCAGAUGAACCAGGACACAGUGUUCGCUUCUCUGCCCCACCUGAAGCCUUGGGUUUACCCGGCGGGCCAGAGCAAGAGGAGGAGGAGCAGGAGGAGGAGCAAGAGGAGGAGGAGGAGGAGGAGAUGGAUGAGGAUGAGGACGAGGAUGACGAGGAGGAGUCUGUGGAGUUGGCCCAGGAGGCGGACAUCGAGGCUGCCAGUUUCGAAGAGGUUUGUGACAUUCCUGAGACCCCUUUGACUCCUGAGAGGGAAGUUCAGCCCUUGGAAACGGAGGCUCCAACAGACAGUUAUGACAAAGAUGAAACCACCGUGGACGACUCCAUCUUGGACAGCUCUUGGGUGGACCCACAAGAUGACGACAAGAGCAUGGCUACAGAGCAGAUUCAGCCCUUGCCGAAGGUACCUAGCCCUGUCAAGAAGUCCGCUGUCCAGACCAAGCAAACACAGCAGAAGAAAACAGAGAAGCAUGAAAAGCCAAACAAGCCCAAAACUAAGAGCGGGCGGGUUAAAGGCAGACUGUCGACUCCUGACCGGAAACCGAUGCGCAGGGAACCAGUUUACAUCCCACGAGAGAAGAAAAAAGCCGUGAUCAAGAAGACUGAGUUUACCAAAAAAAUGGAGGCUCCGACUCUGUCCCCGUCCAAGAGGAUUGGACCGAAACAAGCUGUCCGCCAGGCCCGCCCCGUCCAGCACCAUUCCUGUCCUAGAAGGAGACCCACAGGUGAUACAUCACUUCUACUGUCAAUUCUGCAGGGCCACGUCCACCAUCAUCUUCCAUGUAGUCUUGGAAAUCAUUGCCUUUUAGGCUCAUUCAGAUCAUUAACCCUUUCAGGUCACUCACACUUGCGCCAUGCUCAGCAUUUUGCCCUCACAAAGACACACACCUUUAUGUCCACAACGGUUACCUCAUUAGAUGGACCUCGUCCAUCCUCGACAUCAGUAUUUGCAACCUUCAUAGCCAAGGAUGGUAGAUCGCAAAGCCCUGACAAGAGAUCUUCUAUGCCGCGGCAAGCUUCCUCUCUUAGUCGCCAUCCGUACCAGGAGCACGAGGACAGUUCGACCUCCAUCACGAGCUCUGGAUCAACAGCUCCCCGCAGACCCACAGCCUGCCGUGCUGUGAUGAGAGCAGAGCAAAGGACAGGUCGAGCUCCCAGUAUGACGGUCUCCGAGCCACUCCGCUCCCGUUCAGCCCGCAGUGGCCACUCCACGCCACGUACCCCUGGCUCUAGCGCCAUGACCCCUGGCACCCCUCCUAGCUGCUCAUCCUCCUCAAGGACCCCCGGAACCCCUCGCUCGCUCAGCUUGAUGUCCCAGGAGAGGAGGGUGGCUGUGGCCCGUACCCCGCCCAAAUCCCCCGCCACCACACCUAAGCAGCUGCGAGUCAUUAACCAACCUCUUCCUGACUUCAAGAGGGUCCGGUCCAAGGUCGGCUCCAUAGAUAAUAUCAAGUACCAGCCCAAAGGUGGACAGGUCCUCAUCCCCAGUGUUAAGAUGGACUAUAGCCAUGUUCAGUCUAGGUGUGGGUCCUUGGACAGGAGGGGCUACUCGGCAGGAGGUGGCAAUAUUCAGAUACAGAACAAGAAGAUUGACCUGAGUCACGUGACCUCAAAGUGCGGCUCGUUAGACAACAUUCACCAUCGUCCUGGUGGUGGUAACGUUCGUAUUGAGAGCGUGAAGUUGGACUUUAAAGACAAAGCCCACGCAAAGGUGGGGUCCUUGGAUAAUGCUCACCACACUCCAGGAGGAGGUCGUGUUACAAUUGAGAGCCACAGGUUGACAUUCCGCGACCACGCCAAGGCCCGAGUGGACCACGGGGCCGAGAUCAUCGUCCGGUCGCCGGGCCGGUCCCGUUCCAUGUCGCCUCACCGCCACCGGGACAGCCACCUUUCAUCGUCCGGCAGUCUCAACAUGUUGGAGUCGCCGCAGUUAGCGACCUUAGCUGAGGACCUCACUGCCGCUCUGGCGAAGCAGGGUUUGUGAACAUGCAUCGUGGAUGCUCUUACAUUGAACCUGUCAGCUAUUCACCACCCACCCGCCGCCUUGAGGGCCACUCAGGGUGAUCGCGACUUUGCUUCACAUCUCAAAGACCCACCAGGAGGGACUCCUAACUUUCCUCUUUCUAUCUGUCUGUUUUCAUCCCUGACAUGUUCUAUUUGGUCCUACUUUCCCCGGCCUCUCCUUUUGAAUGAUGUUGCAUAGAAUAGUUCACCUGUAGUGCUAAACGGGAUUACCUGUACAUACAAAUAGCGGGUGGUGGGGGAGCCUCAUAUUGACCUGACUGAUCUUGGGUCUACAGUACAUUUUAAAGGAGCUAUAGCUUUUAUUUACUUGUGGCCAUAUUCUGUACGUUAUGUGGCCAGCACAUCAUGCUGCACGUGUUGUUCUUGCUAACGUGCAUGGACAGCAGACCCCUUGAUAAGCCAAUUAUCCAUACUGCUAGUCAUUCGUUUCCUCCUAAUAUUUAACCAAACAAAUAUCAAUACAUAGAGAGAGACAGAGAGAGAAAGA